AAAGGAAUAGUAAGAAGCGCCUAACUAAGGAUAUGACAAAAUGAAUACUACCGAAAAUGAGAUUCAAAUACAUGGAAACACUACUAGCAUUACUGUCAACGAGCAAACCUGUCGGGUUUGUUUGGAGGCUCACGAAUCAGCUUUGAGCCUUCACGAUGAAAUUGAGUUUAAUGAUCUAAAUGUGGAGCUGUGGGAGUUACUAGAAAAUGUAUCCAAUGUGAAGUGCGAUUGGAAUGACCCUAACCUACCCUCACACCUAUGCCAGAGCUGUACGCGUCGUCUGAUCAGUGCCUACGAGUUUAUUCGUGAGGUUAUAAGGUCCAAUCAGACACUGCUGGAAUUAUGUAGUGUUCAGGAUACGGAUCAGCAGACCAAAUAUCCGCAAAUCAGUGAGUUUACAGAAUUGGCGAACCAUGAAGAAGAAGAACUACUGCAAUUGGAAGAAUGUGGAUCCGUCAUUGAGCUGCAAGAGGUGGAACUGGCCGCUGACGAUCCGUCCCUAAAGGAGGAUCUAUGCGAAGUCACUCCAUAUGCAGCUCAAUCAUAUGAAGGCUCUGAAGAACAGAAAUGUGACGAACAGAAAAAUGAGGCGCCAUCUCAUGCCGAAGUGCCAUCUGAAGAGUUGUCCCAUAGUGAGAUUGACCUCACUGAAAUGAUCACAGAACUGGUGCCGGAAGUGUGUGAUGCUGACGUUAUUGAUGGUGCAGAUAAUGAUUCAGGAAACAAGAAACGUAGUUCGUACCUAGGAAUGCGACUGGCACAGUCGCAGAAUUUUAUGUACAAAUGCGAGAGUUGUCCUCGCAUUUUUGCUAAGAACGCGUCCCUGGAACGUCACUUUGCAACGGCUCACAGCCAAGCGGCAGAUGUAGCCGCCCAGGAAUUGGCUAAGGAGCACAGCAGCAGCGGUGAGUUGAUCUGUGAGCAUUGUCCGCGCAUUUUCAAGCGCCAGGAUACAUUGCGGCGACACAUGAUUGCCUUUCAUCCGGACGUGGUGGCCGCCAGCGGUGGUUCAGAAGAUGCCAUAGUUAGCGCGACACCAAAGCGUACUGCAAAGAGGCGCGAAUGUCCCCACUGUGGCGUUAGCUUUCCCGUUUCCAGUCUGACCAUACAUAUACGGCGCCACACCGGCGAGAAUCCAUACAAGUGCGACCAGUGCGAGAAGGCCUUCCCUCGCAGUCAGGACCUCAGUCUGCACAAGCGUCAGCAUACCGGGGAGCGACCCAGCGAGUGCAAAAUAUGCGCCAAGAAGUUCAUCUCGCAGAACAAGCUGGCGCGGCACAUGCGCCUGCACACUGGUCAUCGACCGUACGCCUGCGACAAGUGUGACAAGAGCUUUGUGCAGUCCAACGACCUGAAGAUCCACAUGCGACGGCACACGGGUGAGCGGCCCUACGCGUGCAACGUUUGUGGCAAGAGCUUUGUUUGCGGUUCUUUGCUGAACAUCCAUCGGAACCAAAAGCGACACUUUGAGAGUGCAACAGAAGGCAACGGUACCUUGGAGUCUGAUCCCUAUGAGAAUAGUCGAGUGAACAAGCGUCGGGCCGAGGACAUUGAACGAAUGCGACUACAGCGCGAGAGCGAGACUCAGCCAUCUACUGUCCGGCCCUACACUUGUGGCGUCUGCGGAGAAAACUUCAAUAUUGGGGCUCUACUCACGAGACAUCGCAACAAAAUGGGCCACUAUGAGGUCGGCAAGGUAAACUAUGGCGAUCCCUACGAACGAAGAAUCAGGAAGCAGCAGCAACAACAUCGACUGAGAUCGUAAGCCGUC